CAGACAGCUGACAGGCGGCGGCAGGCUUGGGAGCUUCAAGGAUGGCGGCCACCACGGCGCUGAUCCUGCCGGAGAGCCCCAGCAUGAAAAAGGCAGUAUCGCUGAUAAAUGCCAUAGAUACAGGAAGAUUUCCACGAUUGCUCACUCGAAUUCUUCAAAAACUUCACCUGAAGGCCGAGAACAGUUUCAGUGAAGAAGAAGAAGAAAAACUUCAGGCCGCAUUUUCACUAGAGAAACAAGAUCUUCACCUAGCUCUUGAAACAAUAUCGUUUAUUUUAGAACAGGCAGUGUAUCACAACGUGAAGCCGGCGGCCCUGCAACAGCAGUUAGAGGCCAUUCACCUCCAACCAGACAAAGCAGAAGCGUUUGGCAACGCUUGGUCUUCCAUGGGUCAAGAAACCGUUGAAAAAUUCAGGCAGAGGAUUCUUGCUCCCCACAAGCUCGAGACGGUUGGAUGGCAGCUUAACCUUCAGAUGGCUCACUCUGCUCAAGCGAAACUGAGAUCUCCGCAGGCCGUGUUACAGCUAGGAGUGAGCAAUGAAGAUUCAAAGAGCUGGAUACCAUUUUCAUGGGCAAACAGACCUUUGGGAAGAAGAGCUGCAGCACACAAAAACAAAGGAUGCUUUCAGGGGCGCCUGAGUAGCUCAGUCGGUGAAGCGUCUGCCUUCGGCUCAGAUCAUGAUCUCAGAGUCCUGGGAUCCAGCCCUGCAUCAGGCUCCUUGCUCAGUGGGGAGUCUGUUUCUCCCUCUCCCUCUCUUGCUUUCUCUCAGAUAAAUACAUUAAAAAAAAAAACAACGUAAAGGAUAUCUUCAUUUUGUAUGCAGACUUAACUUCUUCGUCCGUAUUGCCUGUCUUCCCUAUAACAUUGUGGCGAUUUGGCCCCCGUUUCUUAUAUCUGCUAAACAGAAGACUCUUAAUGAAGUGUCUACCCCGUCAGCCUGCACAGACACUUGCCAUCUGCAAGUGAUAUGUGUCCUAGCUCUAAGAACAGUUGACUACCACACCUCUGUUCUUUCAGUGAGCUGCUGCUGGGAAGCGUACUUUUUUUUUGUUUACUUUCUCUCUCUCUCUUUGUAUGAUCUGGUACUCUAUUCUUUGUACUCGAAUGAAAGUUUGGGAGUUCUUGACAGGUUGGAAUAUUAGAUGAAAGGAAUGGGAAUAUGGAGCAUGUUUUAAAUACCAAGUUCUGUUAAAAGAGGGCAGAGCUUUUAUUCAAAGAACCACGAAAAGCUGUUAGUUUAUGAUGUAAAGUAUCGCAGAAUACGGUUGGCAUAUGAUGAAAUUGGCAUGUGUUUAAAACAGGAAGCAUUAAAUAAAAUUCUUUUAAGUGUAUAUGACACAGAGCAGUUAUCCUAAAAAUAUACAUGCAUUAAAAUAAUUCUGAGAGGAUUCUCAGUAAAAAUUAUGAGACAGACUAUUUUUGAUGGUGUUUACUUUUGAGCUGCUGAACUGAAAACUUCCUGUAAUUCACCAAAGUGUGUGGUUUCUAAGAGUCUUUCUUCUCAUUCACUUCCAACAUACACAUGAAAAGUGCAGCCUGCAGUGAUGUUUUAAUUGCUAUCACAUUAGAUAGCAUUGUUGUACUGGUCUCCUUUCUCUUGGAACAUUCUUGUCUCAAGGCUUUCCUGUUUUGCUGCUAAUUUUAUCAUGAAAACUGGGUGAUUGUAGCUUUUCCUACAGUAUUUUGAUAUAUAUUCUAGUUGUUUGCGGUUAAUUGUCUUCGUGUUGGUCUACUGCAUUUAGCAAAGUAAGAUUAUUUUCCUGUUUUGAGAUCCUUCAAAAUGAGGAUUUUUUUUUUCUGGUUUAUUUCAUUAGAGGGCAGUAGAGCUCUUUGCUUACCUAACCUCGGGCAUUUACAGUGUUAUUUGAAAUAACAUUCAAAAUAAUGUGUGAAGUCAGUAGUUGUGGGAAAUGCUAAGUGUUCACAUUUCUAAUCUGUAUAUAACAAUAGAGUUCUCUUGUUUCCAUCAACAAAAUUAAUGCCUAUUAAUCAGAUAUGUACAGAACAAAUAAAUGAAAUCAUUAUGAUUUCAUUGUUUGUUAAUUUCUUUAGGAUUAUUUGCCAAAAUGCAGUGUAUUAAAAAGCCUUCAACACUAUUGGCGUUUUUGUUACAUUCUGUCACUCUUACUAAUUUCCUUAUGAGAAAAGAGAACAAAAUAAUCCCCAAGAUAGUUGAAUGGCUCUAGUAAGUUAUAUAGUGUAACUAGUUCCAGGCUAAUCAUAGACAGUUGAAAUUUCUUUAUUUAUAGAGAAGAGCAAUUUUAUACUUAACAAACGGUGGUAAUUUUGAAUAAUCAAAACACUUUAACUUUGAAUAUUCUAAAAACACUAAAAUACUUAAAUUUUGCUAUUAAGCGUGCAUUAUUGCAUUUUCGCCAGUAACUUUGCAGUUACAUCAUGUUUUAUUAGUACAGUGGUUCUAAAUUUUUUUGGUACAUCUUUUAAGAAAGAAUCUUUGUGUUUCAUUCUUUUCUUCUUUUGAAACAACUGGGAUAAAGAUCACCCUGAAAGGGAACUGUCAUUUAUCUUAAUGUUAAGUUGGAUUAUGCUCGGGUCGUACAUGGUACUUUAUGGGUGGGUAAUUAUGAUUUCAAGUGAAUUUAGGACUUCCAGUACCAAUUUUUUGAGUUAGAGACCUUUAUUCUUAUUUCCAAAAUAGAUGGCAAAUUCUUUUUAGAGUGAAGAAAAAGGAGGGAAAGCCCUGUUUUAGUGCUUACUCUGUGCUAGGCGUGGUAUCUCCUCCUUUAUUUAAACUACUACUUUCAGGUGUGAAUUCUUAUUAUUAUCGUUAUUUUAUAAAAAAGAUGGAGAAAUGGAAACACAUACGCAUUAAAUUAUUCCCUCAGAUUAUACAACUAAAAAAAUAGCAGAACGAGGAUUUGAAACCAGACAAUUUUACUUUGGAGCCUUGUGCUUUAUUCAUUGCUAAGAUACUGUAUCUUUUUGCUUUUUAAAUAAUUUAGUAGU